AUGCGUUUCUCAUACAUCCUCACUGCGCUGUCCCUGACCAGCACCGCAGUCUAUGCCCAGGACCUCGACUCGCUUCUUUCUGAGGCAUCCGAGUUUGUGGGCACCAACACCGACCUGGCAUCCGUGCUCUCCAGCGUCAGCGAAUUUGUCGACAGCGCCGCUUCCGGAUUGACCGACGCCUCUGCAUACUCGUCUGUUCUUUCAGAAAUCUCAUCCGGCGUGGAUGCUGCCACCUCGGCUGCUGGAAGCAUUGCAAGUGGCAUCAGCACCGCUGCCACCGGUCUCACGGGCACCAGUCCAUCUUCUGCAACCGCCACCACGGGUGGAAGCAGCGGCAAUGGUGUCGAUAGAGUCGCUCUCCCUGCUGCCGGCGCCUUCGGUGCUGCAAUCUUGGGCCUGGCUGCAAUGCUCUAG